AUGGCAGAGGAUGAAAGUGCGAGAACGAGCGAUGAAUCGAUGAGGCUAGCGGUUGCAAUAUCGAUUCUCCGAUCGAAGGUUCUGAAAAACAUGAAGGACUCUCCUUCGCAAUCUGAGGCUCUUCUCCGUUGGAAGCGAAAGGCUAAGGAAAGAAAGCAAGAGAUUCUGAGGCUCAGAGAAGAUCUGAAGGAAGCUCAAGAUGCUUCGCACUGCGAUCUCUUCCCAGAGAGUGCUUCUUGCAAGUGUUAUUUCUUCGACAAGUUGGGGGAAUAAACCCUAAGCAUCAUACAAAUGGCUCUCACAGCAGAUUCAGUGAUGUCCUUCGCCGCAGUGCGCUUUAAGGAAAUGAGGAGAAGAGUAGGUUCUUCUUCUUCUUCUUCUUCAAGUCAGCAACGGCUUUCUUUAGGUUUAGUUGAGGAGGAUGAAACAGAGCAGCUUAGGGCUUCCGCUGAUUUUCUUGUGGAACUGUGUGACUCUCUAUCACCUGUGGGUGAUUACAAGUUUGCAAAUCUGGUGCAUCAAGCGGUAGACUUUAUAUUAGUUUCUUUGAAGAAUAUUUUAUCAAUGGGAAGGAACCUGGAACUUGUUGAAGGAAUUACCAACGUUCUAGUUACACGUUUAAUUAGGCAGAUGUGCUCGCCCUUGUCAGAAAAUGGGUCUCAACUUACAGGCACCAAUGCUCAAUUUUGCAUUCAGCACUUGAUCCGUAAACUUGGAAGUGAGCCUUAUAUUGGUCAGCGGGUAAUACUUUCAGUUUGUCAAAGAAUUUUGGUGCUAUCAGAACGUUUGCUUUUCUCUGAUCCUUUUGAUGACGGCUUUCCUGAGAUGCAUGAAUGUAUGUUCAUAAUGAUCCAGCUUAUCGAGUUCUUGGUGGCGGAUUACUUAUUAGAGUGGUCAAAAGCUGAAUAUUUUGACAACAUGCUCCUCGAAGAUUGGGUGACAUCAAUUAUCCACGCAAGAAAAGCAUUAGAACUUCUAGAAAGCAGAAAUGGAUUAUAUGCGCUCUAUAUGGACCGAGUCACAGGUGAAUUGGCAAAACAAGUUGGCGGGAUCUCAUCGUUUCAGAAGCUUAAACCAGAUAUUAUUAAUUGCCUUUUUCGCUAA